AUGGCAUUGUUGGAAAUUUCUGUGAAAUUACGUACUGUUUUCUUUUCCUCUAUGGAUAAGGGUAAUGAGAUAUCUCAUCGGAUAUGUGAUGAGAGGAAAAUGUGGACAAUACACAAAAGCUUAACCUUCAAUGGCAUUCUUCUCUCCUCCCAUCUUCCCGUGACAAGGACCGACUCAAGAUUUGUUACCAAACUGAGUAAAAGAAAAGAUACCGUCUGUCCGAGUUCGAGCAACGAUCGAUUUCCGAAGUUCAAACUCGGAGUUUCGAACACGGUUCUUGCGAGGUCUCUGGUUGGUUUGUUUGGACUUGGAUUCAUUGAUGCCGGGUAUAGUGGGGACUGGUCGAGGAUUGGUGUGAUUUCAAAGGAUGCUGAGGACUUGUUGAAGAUUGCUGCCUUCGUAGUUGUUCCUGUGUGUGUCUUUCUUGUAAUUUCCUUUUCCAAAGAGCCUGCUGACUCUUGAAGAUUGUUCAGUUCGCUUCUGCAUAAUCAUAUUCGAGUUUAAUGGUAAGUAUUAGAUAC